GACAUGUGAGAGGAAGCUGUUCUGAGAGCUUGCUUGGUCCCCGGAAACAGUAUUGGGAUAAUAACGGGCUUGUUUUUACGUUUGCCUCUAAUUUAGCUGCUUUCCAGCUCCGCUUAUCGACCUAACACCGCAGUAUUGCUGUCGACUGAUUAAAAUCUGCAGCGCAGGAACAGCUACGAACUCUAACUAACGGCAGCCGCUCGGAGCUGAAGCGAUCCAAGUGUGUGUGUGGAGGUCUGAACACGUCUUCAGAAGACUGGUCUAAGAACUGUGAAACAGCAGAAGUUUGAAGACAGACUAAGGAAGGUGACGUCUUCAUUCAUCAAAGUUUAGAUAGGAGCUUCAAUCAGCUCCUUCAUGCAAAACCCAUAAUGUGUGACAUUACUGCAGAGUUAGCUUUGGCGGAUGUGAAGGAAGAAGUUUCUUCAGAGCCACGCCCAGAACCUUUGUUCUUAAUCCUGCCCCCACCGCCACCUUUCUCUCUGGUCCCAGGAGAACUCACCAUGCCCUGGCCAAAAUGGCUUAAAGCUUUUGAACACUACGCUCAAGCAUUCAGUGAAAAAGCAUUUGGUGAUAAAGAUAUGGAGGACUCCAGUAAGCUGGUGCUUUUACGAAGUUUCCUGGGCCAAGAGGGACAGAACGUCUAUUCAACUCUGAUCAGGAAUCAGGCUACGUAUGCUAUUGCUAUUUCAGAACUCACUGCUCAUUUUAGCUCUGAUUAUUCCACUCAGGCGCACCGCCUUAAGUUCCACCAAAGGGUUCAGAUGCCUGGAGAGACUGUAGAUGAGUUUGUUACAGCCCUAAAAAAUCUGCUGAGGCUUUGUCAGUAUGGAAGGUACAAGAACAAACUUCUACUAGAUCAGCUGAUUGAGAAAACAAACAAUCUGCAGCUCAGAGAGAAGCUUCUGAUGAGGAAAGACCGUCUAACCUUGGCCAAGGCUCUGACUAUUGCUAAAGAGGCAGAACCUUCUUCAAGUGGUUCUCAGGAGUUGGAUUUUGAUGAAGUGAGUGUGGAUAUUGGAGAGGAUUCAGAGACUCCUGUUCAAAUUAAGCGCAAAAGAGGAAGACCUCGGAUCGGGGAAGAAAAGGUUAAAUUUAAGGCACCUGUGGCGGAACCUCAACAAAAGCUCAAAAGAGGAAGGCCUCGACUUGGGGAGAAAAAGGUUACAUUAGAACAUCUUGUGACUGAGCAUCAACAAAAGCGCAAACGAGGAAGACCCCGGCUUGGUGAGAAAAAGGUUAUGUCAGAACUACUUGUGACUGAAGCCCAAAGAAAAUCUGACAAAAUCAAAAAUCAGAACUCUCACAGCAAUGAUAUGAUGUGUUAUAGUGGUAGUGAAGGUAGAUCCCAGGCUUGUGAUGAACUAGAUAAUGCUAUCACCUCAUCACCUCAGAUAAUGGAAGAUGAAAAAAGCAACCAGUCAAGUUGCUGUGCCGAAGACAAUGAUGACAGUAAAGAUGAAGACUUCUUCCCUCCUUCAACUAAGGGAAAAGACCUUUGCUGUUCCAUCUGCAUCAACAAGUAUUUCAAAACAGUGGACAAGCUCAACAGACACAUGAGGACACACACUGGUGAGAAACCAUUCAAAUGUCUUCUCUGCGAUCUCACAUUCAGUCAGUCUUACCACAUGACCAGACACAUGAGGAACCAGCAUGCUGCGGGCCCAUAUAUUUGCCCCACCUGUGGGAUAAGCCUGGAAAGCCUGGCAGAGUUAUUUAAACACAAGAAGACGCACAAGCCACAAAUCCUUUACUGCCCUGACUGUAACGAAAUCUUCUUAAACAAUGAAGAUCUUCGUAAUCAUGUGAAGUCACACAAGAAAGACCUGUCUUCCCAAACAGAGGGAGAAAGCAGUCAACAACAACCUCAAUGCAUUGAAGUGAAAACUGAAACUGAAUUAUCCGAUAUUUCUGCAGAAGCUUGUGAAGCUGCUGAGAGCCAUUGCCUGACUAAGGGUGUCAACUCAGAUACUAACUCUGAAAAAGUUGUACUAAAGAAAACUAGAGACAAUUCUUGUCCCAUUUGUGUUGGGAGGCGCUUCAAAGGCCCAAACAAACUUGCUAGACACAUGAGGACCCACACAAAGGAAAAACCUUUCAGUUGCCCCGUCUGCAACAAGACGUUCAGCCAGUCCUAUCACAUGACACGUCAUGUGAGAAUUCAGCAUGGUCUAGGGCAGUACAUCUGCCCUCACUGCGGGAAGAGUUUCACCACCUGGCUAGAACUAAAAAUACACAAAAGGACUCAUGCUCACAUUGAUCUUUUUUGCCUGGCAUGUAAUAAGCAGUUCAAAGAGAAGGGUGCACUAGAAAAGCAUCUUAAACUACACAAAGCGGUUGAGCCCAGCCCUCGAAGCCUCAUCUGUGGUGAUUGCGGCAAAGAAUUUGGCCGCUCGUAUCAUUUGAAGAGGCACAUCAUGUCUCAUCGUAAAGCUGCAAAGUCUGACUUUUACACAUGCCCUGACUGCAAGCAAAUCUUUUAUUUCCCUGAAGACCUCAACAAACACCUCGAAGAUCAUGUGAAGGAAAACAGUGGGACGUGUCCCAAAUGCAACGAGAGGUUCGGCAGUGCGGAGGAACUCGAGACCCACAUGCAGGUUCAUCGGAAGUCUUUUCCUUGUGGUACCUGUGGGAAGAAGUUCAAAGUGGAGUAUGCACUGAAGAAACACGAGGAGAGUCACCAGCAUGAUCAGUAUUACUGUUCAUUGUGUCAGAAACACUUCAUGAAGCUGUCUCAUUAUAAGAGACACGUACAGGUCCACGACAGACGAGAAUCCAGAUGUCCACACUGCAACGACGUCUUUCUAAAGCUUACAGCUUUCAAAUAUCACCUUCGGACGCACACUCUGGAAAGGCCGUACCAGUGCAGUUGCUGCAUUGAGACCUUCGAGCAGGAGGAGGAAUUGGAGCAGCACUGCCUCAAACACAGGAAGUUUAAGAAAGAGAGGCCUUAUUCAUGCACACGCUGUGACCUUGCUUACUCAACUUUGGUGGAACUGACUGAGCACAUGAUCUCUCACGAGGGAGAGCAGCCACAGACCUGUCCCUUUUGUGGCAAAACCUUCCUGAACAAGAACAAGCUGGAGCGGCACAUAAGUAUCCAUACCGGCGAGAGGCCCCACCUGUGCUCCAUCUGCGGUAACGGUUUCCCUUCGGCCGCCAGUCUCAAGCUGCACGUCUUCAUUCACACCGGGGAGAAACCCUUCAAGUGCCUGCAGUGCAGCAAGAGCUUCAGCUCCUCCAGCGGCUUGCGUCUCCACAGCAGGCAGCACAUGGAUGAGCGACCCAGCUAUGAGUGUCCGGAGUGUGGCAGGACGUACGGCCGCCUGACAGAGCUGAAGAUGCACCAGCGCUACCACACCGGGGAUAAACCGUACGCAUGCACCUGCUGUAGCAAACGCUUUAUUAGCAAAGACAAGCUGAACGUUCAUAUGAGAACGCACACGGGAGAGAGACCCUUUUCCUGCCCUCACUGUGGGCAAACCUUUACACAAACUGGGGACAGAAACAGACACAUCAGUAAAUAUCACCCUAUGAUCUAAUCAAUCUGCAGGAUUGCAGGAUAAUUUUAAAAUGUUAAAAUUAACAUUUUAAUUUUCCUGUGAAAAUUACAUUAGUAGUUUUGCAUGCUUGUAGGUAUACUUUUAGGACUGUAGUUGGAUUCACUGUCAUAUUAUUUGAGAACGUGCAAGAAUCCAAAUUGUAUUGGAAGCAUGUCUUCAAUAAACGUAGUGUGUGUCCACAGGUAAUCCUAAACACAAGAACUGACUGAUGUAGAGCUUGAUAAUUGAAAGGUGCUCUGCUUUUCUGAAGCAAUAAACUAGUCACUGACUAACUAGUUUAUCUCAGCUUAUUUUAUAAUAAUUUUAUAAUGAAACAGUUGUUCAAGAAAAUGUUUUUUCAAACAUUUAAGAUGCAAAAAUCCUAACAGAUAACUGUUGGUAAAUAUUAAAAUAUUGAAGAAUAAUGAUCUUCUUGUGCUAAUUAAAGCCUAAGGACAAAUUGUUCAGUACAAGAUUUCAAACCUAUUGUGAUGGAGGGCUAUAGGUAAAUUAGAUUCCAUAGAUGUAAUGAGAAAAUGUUUUAUUUCAGGCAUUAGAAUCUUUAUACUUAACUUGGACUUGGAAAACAUGACUUAUAAACAUAUCUGAUGGAGCUACAACUACACCCAGAACAUAUAUAUAUAUAUAUAUAUAUCAUACAAAAGUUAUUUGUUUAGUAAGCAUGUCAUCUAGUGACUGUAAUAAAACACUACAUUGAACAAUCUGGAAGGAACUUAAGGAACUGGAGAAACUAGGCAGACGAUCAAAUGGAGGGAAAUUGCAUUUAUUUUUCUUGUUGAUUUUGUUUCCAACAUUUUAUGUUAAUUUUGCUUCCUUUAACAUUUUAAAUUUGCUUGUGGGGUUGCUAUUUCAGCAAGUAUUUUAUUACUGUUUUAAGAUGUCAUGAAAAUAAAACUCUUAAUUCACACAAACAUCAUCUUGUGUUGAGGUCAUGUUUUGUAAAAGAUAAGUAUUUUUGGACACUGGAUCAUUUUUUAGUAAUAUUAUUUUGAACUAUCACUACUUGAUUGAAAUUUGUGGAUGCUUUCAGUAAUGAAAAACAUGUUUUAACCAAAAUCCACCAUACACAGACCUACAGUUUAUUAUAGAGAUCUCUUUUUAUACACCAACUUUCUACUGUGCCUUUUAUGCCAUUUAUUGAUCUAACAUGGGUGCCCAAAGUCAGUUCUCAAGUCCUGGCAUCCUGCGUGUUUUAGUUCUCUCCAUGGUUUCACACACCUGGAUCUAAUGAUGCUCAUUAGAAGGCCUAAGAAGAACAUUGACUUGCUGAAAAGAUUAUUACCACCACGGAGAGAACUAAAACAUGCAGGAUGCUGGCCCUCGAGGACCGACUUUGGGCACCCCUGAGAAGAUGCAGUAAAACAUAUUAUCAUGACCUUCUAAGUUCCAAAACCAAAAUAUUGUCCUAGAUAAGCCAUGGAUGGCAACAGGUGGUUUGGUUCUCGAACACAUGUCCAACUUGUUCUUCCAAAAGAAAAGAACUAUAUAUUUUUAUGUAGUUAAGAGAUAACUACAAAUCUAAUUAAACUUUAAUGAAAACAAAAGUUGUAUCUGAUGUUUCAAUUUCAAAAAGAGGUAAAAAAAAAAAAAAAAUCAAUCUCCUGUCCUGACUCCCGUUUCCUGCCCCGGUGUGUUCUUAAUCUCUUAAAAUAAUGGAAGGGUCUCAAUGGUACCAAAGUAAUCUAAAUUAAAUUAAAUUAUUUAAUUUCCCCAUAGGAUUAAUAAAUGAUUUUUUAAUUUGAAUUGGAUUAAACAAUUCCAAAAAUAAAAAUUACUUUAAAAUGUUUAUUCUAAACUGUCUAAAGUAUAUUUUAACUGUCCAAAGACAAACUAAAUCAACAGAACUUUUAAUUUAUAAAGUCUUAUACUAUGUCACUGGCCGGUCCAUGCCCUUUUUUAGAGAUGUGCCGAUCAAUCGGCCACCAAUCAUAAUUGGCCGAUUUCCGUGAAAAAGUGUAUGAUCGAUGAUCUCCAAUCACUGACUGUUGUUGCCGAUCACCAAAACCGAUCACCUGCAUCUGACUUUGCAGCCUGCGUGUGCUGUGACCUUGCCUGGCAUGUAAUAAGCACAAUCGGAAUCGGCUGCAAAAAACCUGAUCGGAGCAUCCCUACUUUUGAUUUAUUAAUUAUUGUAAUUAUUAGUUUAAUAAAUUUUGUAAUGGAAAAAUUGACUUUGAAAUGCACUUUAUUCUGCUGAAAUGUAUUUUAUAAUUGUGUGUUUUUUAUUUUAGUCUAUAAUAUACCAGUAUUUGCCCAUAACUUAAUAUUUUUCUGUCUUAUGACAUCAUUGUUAUAUGUUAAAAUUAUGCCAUUGUAAGUUUUUUGACCACCACUUAAGUCACACUUUUAUGAAAUACUGUUUUACUCUUGCUUGAGUAAUUUUUUGAAUGGCAUCUUUUUACUUUUAACUUAUGUUGACAUGUUGCUACUUUUUCUUAAGGAAAAUUUGGGAACUCUACGCAGUUCUGACACCAGGUAAAAAGUCUUUAUGCUUUGAAAAAUAAGGAUAAUUAUAAAUAAAUCAAAUCCAUUCAAGAUGAAAAGCGAGAGUAAAAGUGUGCCGUUUGGCUUAGCGCCACCUCGUGUGAAUUUAGUGAGGAGAAAUGUCAUUGUUGAUUCUAAACAAGUAAUUUUGAGAUGAUCAGUCAUAUUGUGUAGUUUUCCUAACAGUAUUAGCAUGUUUUAUGUAUACCAUCACACAAUAAAGGGGAGCCUUCUGUACAA